CCCCGGGCGGAGCGGGGUCGGUGACGGCGGUCUCCGGUGCGCAGGGAAGGCGGCGCCCGGGGAGGAGGUCGGCGUGCUGCUCUGCGAUGUGGGCGACGCGGGCUCGCUGGCCGCCAUGGCGAAGCAGACCCGGGUGGUGCUGAACUGCGUGGGCCCGUAUAGAUUCUUUGGAGAACCUGUGGUAGAAGCUUGUGUUGAAAAUGGUGCAAGCUGCAUUGACAUUAGUGGAGAACCCCAGUUUCUGGAAGGAAUGUACCUGAAAUACAACGAGAAAGCUGCAGAAAAGGGAGUAUAUGUCGUUGGAAGCUGUGGCUUUGACUCCAUACCGGCGGAUAUGGGAGUGCUGUACACCAGAGACAAGCUGAAAGGUACCUUAACUGCUGUUGAGAGUUUCCUGUCGGUGAAAUCUGGGCCUGAGGGUCUUGGUGUACAUGAUGGGACCUGGAAAUCAGCUGUCUAUGGCCUUGCAGAUGAAGCCAGCCUGAAGAAGCUUCGAAAACAGAUAGGAUAUGCCCCUGUUCCAGUAGUUGGUGCAAAGCUUAAAAAAAGAGGAUUUAUGUUUUACAGUCCAGAAUUCAAGGAGUACUGCAUUACAUUCAUGGGAUCUGAUGGCUCUGUGGUGAAAAGAACUCAGCGUUAUUUGCACACCGAGUUGCAGCAAACACCUGUCCAGUAUGGCGCUUACGCGACUGUAGGUGGUCUUGGCUCUGUUAUCAAGCUGAUGUUUCUGGGCAUGUUAUUUUUUCUUCUGGUGAAGUUUAACUUUGGAAGAAAACUUCUGACAAAAUACCCAGAAUUUUUCUCUGCUGGACGCUUCACAAAGAAAGGACCAACCCAGAAGCAGAUGGAUGGAACCUCUUUUACAAUGACUUUUUUUGGUGAGGGUUACAGUGAGGGACAAGAUCCCCAGAAUGCCAAACCAAAUGUGAAGAUCUGCACUGAAGUGAAAGGACCAGAGCCUGGAUAUGUUGCUACACCAAUUGCAAUGGUUCAAGCAGCUCUGUCUCUUCUGGAAGAUGCAUCUUCUCUGCCUAAACGGGGUGGUGUAUAUUCUCCAGGAGCUGCCUUCUCGAAAACAAAAUUGAUUGAUCGUCUCAACAAGCGUGGUGUUGAGUUCUCUGUUAUUAGCAAGCCUGAAGUCUGAAGUCAGAACAUAACUGUAUGAACUAAAAUCUUUAUUGGGUCUAAUAAAACCCAUUUGGCUGCAAUAGCCUAAUCAUAAAACAGUUUCACUAUGCUAUUGUUUGCAGCAGAUACAGAAGAAAAUUCGAGUUAAAAGCUAUAAUAGUAUUUGCUAUAGUAGGCAAACCCCUGAAGGGUGGGUAUUGAGUGUUAAUUCACAGACAUAUUAAAUUGGUAACUUCUUGGGUACUAAUUUGGGAAUCUUAAUCUCAUUACCUAAGUUCAAGUUCCUACUUCAUGGAUCCACUAUAGCAUCUGCUUCACAAGUAAGCAUAGCUGCCUUGCUUUGCCCCAUUCUGCAACUACAUAAAGCAGGCAGCCUGGAAACAGAAGUGCCUUAGCAAAUAAGCUACUAGUUAUUCCUAAUGUGUGUUUGGUAUAUGUCUUUAUUAACAUCUUCAAUUAAUCUUUAUUUAAUAAUCAUUCUAAGUGCAGAUCUAUGUGUAGUUUGUAGUUAGGUAAGUAGUCAUGAACUGUAUUGUGCUUUUGCUUCUGUAAAGAAGGAGGCGUGUUCUGUUGAUUGUUUUUGGAAUCUGACCUGAUGUGAUCCAGGUUCUGGGCACACUGGCCUGUUUCACACUACUUGAUACUGUGGUUGAUGAGCCUGAUUUUUGCUGUUAGCCUAAGAAUUAUAAGAGUGUCUUAUCCUGCUGUCUCAUUUCUGGAUUUAUAUUUGUGGGCAAUGGAAGCCUUGAGUCACGGGAAUAUUUGAAAGGUAGCCUUCAUGAUUUUCAGGAGUGUCAAUACAUUAAAUUCUGUUUCUGUGUACAGGCUUUUUUUGUUGUAUCAGUAGAACUUGUAAAAACUAUGAAAGUUACUCUGAGAUAUAUAAAGGUCAUAAAGUCUCUAUCUCCCACAGCUGCAUCACAUUGACCUUUAUUAUUCUGAGGCAAAUCAUGUACAAAUUGAUGCUUUAUAGUAUCAUAGCUGUAUUGAAGAUUGCUUUAUCAAUGUAGUUCACUAUAUGGUGGGUUUUUAGGCUGCUUCUUAAGUUUAUGCUGUCACUGCACUGUCUUCAAUAACCUAAAGUUAAAAAAUGUCUGUUAAUGCUUUUAUUCAGUAGCAACCAGUAAUUUCACACUGAGCUAGAAGAAAUUAAAGACACUGAAAAGCUGCUUUUCCCUUCCACUCACCCCUGAAUGUGAAAUAUGCGUACACAUUCUCUACUACCUUACAGCUGCAAGUUUAUGUAUUUGAGGCACAGGGAUCAGAGCAGUCCCUGUGUGCAAGUCACAUGCUCUGUUUCUGAUAUUUCUGUUCAGAACUGACCAUUUGCCACUGCCCAUGACCAGGAGCAGUUUUCCAAUACAAGGUGUGUAUGCAACCAGAGGUGCCCAUAACAUUGCAGUGUCCUCUGCACUGCUCCACAGCCAGAGUGCCCCACUGCCUCUGACAGGGUAAAGUACAAUUGGGUCCCCAGUGCUUAAAUGGGAAUGCUUAAAGCUUCAGUCGUGACAAAAGAAAGGUUACUUUUCAAAUUUCCUGAAGAAACAAGAAUAUAGCAUCUUGUUGUCUACAGUCUUCUAUCCAAGUAAUUUUUGCAAUUUCUACGCUGCUCUUUUAAAAGGCACAAAACAUUAUUCUACAAGGCAGCAUUUUCAAUUACUGUAUUCCAGAUACCAGUCAACAGGGCAACAGCCACAGCUUAUUUCUGCACUAAUUAAUCAGUCUGCACACAAGAUGAAGGGAUAGUGCUGUAAACAUACCUACAUAGCUUCAUGUAGCAGUGUUCAGGUCUUCCUGGCUCAGAAAUGUUUUAUAGUAUUGAAGGAGUUAAAAAGGAGAAGGAUGAAGCUAGUUCAAUAGUAUACAUGAUAUUUCAUAACAAGACAAAGGUUAUAAUUUAGGGAGAGGGCAGUGAUUUCAUUCAGGUAGGCAAAGGCAGAAAGGUCAGAAGCAAGGGGCCAUGUAAGUUGUUACUGCCUUGCAUGGUAACAGUUUGAUGGCAGUGACUGGAAAUACAGUUGAACACAACUGAUAAGCAAAACUGCAGCAGAGUCGUCACUGAAUCUGACAGAGACUGACAUUGCUCAGUUGUCAUUCAUGGGACUGGAUUAAGAGUUUGAAGAACAGUUCUUGAUAGUAGAAAUGCACAUAAAACUACACAAAACUACUUGGCACUUAAAUUAUGACAUGGUUAAGCCACAAAUUGCAUCUUUAGGCAGAUUGAAAGUCCAGGUUGAUUGAAAAUUCAGUAUAGAUUGAAAAGUCCGGGUUGAACUUUGUUCCAUGCAAUAAAAACAAGAAUAUUUCUCAAAGCUGUGGGACAAGGUAACUACUUCAAUUAAGUGAAAACUAAACCUCCCAUCUGUUCCCAUUUUACUGCUUCGAAAAGGACGGUGUGUACAAUAACUACUUGCAUGCUAAAAAUACCUCACAAUUUGAACCCAGGGGUUUCCUUUUAAACAAAGCCCACAAGCUUCUGGUUUGGUUGGUUGCUACUGACUUUUUAAAAUACAAACCUUGACCACAGGAGCAGUUUCCAGUACAUUCAGCUCUGAUGCUUUUGGCAGAUUGUUUUGGGAGCUGGAGCAAUGUGUAUUUGAUCUCAGGGGGCUGGAUGUAGAAGCUCUGCAUGGGGACUGCCAGCUCUCAUCCUGUGCCACAGAGCGGGAAGGAACAGGACGAACCACCAAAUCCAGCAACCUGUUAAAAUACUCAUUUUACACUAGGAACAUGAAUAAAUGAAUGAAAAAAACAUGCUGUGAUGCUGACAACAUGAACACUCAGUGAACAAGAAAUACAGGUGACUCCUCACUGCUGGGGUGAUGCAUUAGGCCCACAUGGAAGUGACAGGCACUUCUUUGUGUUCGUAUGUCAAAUCCAUACACCGAGAGCUUGGUGGUAGUCAAAGCUUUCGUUUCAGCUAUCAAACUUUGUAAGCACAUUUCUCAUAAUGUAAAUACAUGUGUUUGCCUAAAUAAGAUUAAAAAAGCCUAAAAAGCAGAA